AUGGCUUCUGUUGCCAAGUUGGGCUUGUUGAUGUCCACCGGUACCGGAAGCACUGCUACUGCUACGACUAGCACCACCACUGUAGCUACGACAAGCACUUCAAGCACCACUAUGAAGUCCACCAGUACGACUGCUGUGCGGUCCACCAGUACUAAGGCAGUAUUUGCUCACUACAUGGUCGGUUCGAUGACCUUGGCUGAGGCUGUGACUGACGUUCAAGAUGCCAUGAAUGCCGGAUUUGAUGGAUUUGCUCUCAACACCCACACUAUCAGCUCAUCUGACACAUGGAACACCGAUGCACUCAAUUACCUGUUCACCGCGGCAGCAGGAACCAACUUCAAGCUAUUUAUUUCAUUCGACAUGAGUUGGGGCUUGGAUGUUACACAGCUUGCAGCUUUCUUGGCACCUUAUGCCAAGAAAGACGCAUACUACAUGGUCAAUGGGCAGGCUUUCAUAAGUACCUACACAGGAGGCACUAUAUCAAACUCUGCUUGGAACUCAGGAUUUAUUGAGCCUCUAAAAUCAACCUAUGGCAUCACUCCAUUCUUCGUUCCCGACUUUGACGACUUUUCUGGAUAUCCGACCAGUGUUUUCAGUACCUAUCCCAUCCUGAAUGGUGUUUUCAGCUGGGAGUCCGCAUGGCCAUCCCCCGGAACCACCCCAACCAAUGUCAGUGACGGAGUGGAUUCGGCUGCCUUGCAGGAGGCCCAUGGUGCUGGCAAGGUUUACAUGAUGCCGGUUUCACCUUUCCAGUUCAAGUAUCUCGGCAGUGGUCAAGACUGGUACCGGAUUGGGGAGGUAAAUUUACCUGAGCGUAUGGGCCAGGCUCUGCAGCUGCAGCCCGACUUUGUUGAAGUCAUCACCUGGAACGAUGCUGGAGAGAGCCACUACGUGGGCGACUUCUGGCAGGAACAGAUUGCCGGCUCUGCCAUCGGCGAUUACAGCAACGGCUUCGAUCACAAGGGAUGGUUACAGAUUAUCACACCUUUCAUCCAAGCUUACAAGGCUGGCGCAACAAGUCUAUCCCAAGUCUCUCCACCCAGCACCAAGCCCGUCGGAACCGUCUGGUAUCGAACUCUUUUGACUAGUGCCAGCUGCUCCUCGUCCAUUUCCAACCAUCAAUCGGCCCUUGAUACAGUGAAUUUUGCAGUGAUUCUUCCCUCUAAUGGCUACAAAAUCAAUGUCUAUAGCAACAGCAAUCUCAUUGGCACCAUUGCUGGUCAAAAGGGAUUAAACUACAACAGUGUACCGGGUCUUGCAGCGGGCAGUGGGCAGAAGAUUGAAGUGCUUGAUAGCUUGAACAACGUUGUUGCUUCGGCCAUGGGAACCAAGAGUGUCUUGUCUGAAAGUUCGAACUCGAUUUGCAAUUGGAAUUAUGAAGUUGUGGGACUCUCUUGA